AUGUCCGUCCCGGAAACAAAAGAGCUCAAGGCCGAGUGGAAGACCCAUGUCGGGUUGCCAGAGUAUACAUUGAAAGAUGUUGCAACACACAACACCAAAGGUGAUUGCUGGAUGGUCAUUCAUGGACAAGCCUUUGAUCUCACCAACUAUCUCCAAGACCAUCCCGGCGGCGCCGAUGCCCUCCUCGAGGUAGCCGGCACUGAUGCCACAGCAGCCUAUGAGGAUAUCGGGCACUCCGAAGAUGCCCGCGAGAUUAUGCAGCAAUACCUUGUGGGGACUCUGAAAGAUGCCCAGCAGUACGUUCGACCCAAGACAGUGCGUGUGGUGUCUCAAAAAGCACCUGAAGAGCCCGCUUCCUCCUCGUCAACCGUCAAGAAGAUCGCCUGUGCUGUGGGUGGAUUGAUCCCAGUCUUCUACAUUUUGAACCAAAACAACUAUCUCACGAGCGGCCUGGGAGCUGUCUCUCAGCUGAUCCCACGCCAGCUGAAGAGUAUACGCUUUCCUCAUGGUGGCUUCGUCAACGGCUUCCUAGCUGCCUCCGCCAUCUCCACGGUCCUCGGAGUUAUGGCAGCUCGCCAGAUCAACAAGUUCACCGUGAUUGACUCUGGUUUCAUGCGAUACCCACCUCAUAGGGUAGCGAAGAAGGCAGUUCGUAUCGAUCCGCAUCUGACUCGGGGUUUCCUUGAGCCGCAACAUUAUCAACGCCUGCGUCUCAUCGAAAAGACCGAGCUAGCAACGAACGUCUACCGCUUCGUAUUCGCUCUUCCAACUGCAACGGAUGUCUUAGGUCUGCCUAUUGGGCAGCACGUCGCGAUCAGGGCGGACAUCGAUGGAACGACUGUCACUCGUUCAUACACGCCCACCUCCAACAACCUCGACCUGGGUCGUCUUGAACUCGUGAUCAAAUGCUAUCCGGAUGGCUUAUUGAGCGGGAAAUAUCUGGCUAAUUUGACCGUGGGCGACGAAGUCGAGUUGCGCGGUCCCAAGGGAUCGAUGCGCUACAAAAAGGGCCUGUGCCGCAAGAUCGGUAUGGUGGCCGGAGGCACAGGUAUCACACCGAUGUACCAGCUCAUCCGGGCAAUCUGCGAGAACGAUACCGACACGACAGAAGUUAGUCUGAUCUACGCGAAUCGCAGCGAGUCGGAUAUUCUUCUGCGAGAGGAGCUUGAACGAUUCGCGCGACUGUAUCCCAAGAACUUCAAGCUGUGGUACAUGCUGGACUCUGCGCCGGAGGGCUGGGCCUUUGGAACGGGAUAUGUGGAUCAGGCGGUUCUGACGGAACAGCUGCCUGCUCCAUCGCCAGACACUAAGGUGAUGCUAUGUGGGCCGCCUGGCAUGGUCAAUGCGACGAAAAAGACUUUGGUUGCGAUGGGAUUUUCGAAGCCAGGGGUGGUCGCCAAGAUGACGGAUCAGAUCUUUUGUUUCUAG